AUGCAGUGGCGACGUGUGGUGAAGGGUUUGGUUUCUGGUCAUCUCUCCUUGUGUGGAAGGAGCUUCUCUUGCGUCUUUGAAGUUGGUGUCUCUUCUUUUCCUGUCGGAAGAAGGGCGUUUGAUUUGGGGUUUAGCUCAGGUGUCUUUGCUCUUCUCAGUUUGUGUUUCGGUCCGUGCGGAUCCGAGGUUGCUAGGUUUGUCUGUGGGUCUGGUUCUGGCUCUGUCUUGGAGAGUUCAGGUAAGUUACAGUGGCUCAUUGGUCGGUUCACCCGUCGAUUGCUCCGGCUUUUUUUAAAGAUCUGUGAAGCUUUUGCUCUUUUCUUUUGA